AUGGCGAAAAUUGAAGAUCACGUAAUAAAUGAUUUUAUCUUAAAAUCAAUCUCUACACCUCCAAAAAAGCGUUUCUUUAAUGCAGUAACAUGAAAUGAUGAUUUUUUAACUCUUAAUCCCAACAAAGUUAAUCAAACUUUACAAGAUAUGAGAAAAGUUAAGGUUAAAGGUUAUGUUGACUAUAAGCGAUAAACCUACUAAUUUUCGCUUAUCUUGUUUCGAAAAAGGUCGCCCUUAAGGAUUUCCGGUCUAAACCAUCUAUCAAAGAGACUUGCCUUUCAGGUUGGAGUCACCAUCCAUAUGUGUCUUGAUUGUCCUAAUGAGAAGAAACUAUAUGGUAGACAAAAUCUAUCUUGCCCAUCUGGCAGGAUCAGAAAGCCUUCAGGGAGUAAAAAAGUGUCCCCUUUUGGAAAGGCUUCCCCAAAUCUGAAGGUCUAAUCAAAAGUAACAGAUGUCUAUUUUCAGCUUUAUCGAGAUGGGUCCUACCCGGCCCUUUAGAGUCUGACUCUUUUAAUGCACCAUUUUACUUCACUAAAAAUGAGAAAAGGAAUCACCAGAAAGUCCUUUCAGAGGCAAACUGAAACUUAAUAUAGAAUCAUAUAAAAGAACCUUUACCCCAAAUUCAGAUCGUGGGCCAUCUUCAUCAUCAACUAAAAAACUUUAUUCUCUGAUUGCAAAGAAAGCAAAAAUCCCAAUUAAAGCUGCUGAAAUCUCGAAGCGAGAGCUCGGUAUGAUAAAUAAUAAAUAUAAAAGCGUAGCAAAAUUAGUGAAGAAUUACCAGAAAUUAGGAGUUGACAAAAGUAAGCUUAUGCAUCUGAAAAUGAUCAAUUUACUUCGUGAUGAUUUUCAGCAAAGUCGAAAAGAAAUGAAUGAUAAGUGUGUAAUUACAAUGCCGAUAUCGCUUCAAACGGUUAAGCAGCAAAUAAGAUUUGGGACAUAUAAAUUCAAGGAUUUUUAA